ACAUACAAUGGAUCAUACAGGAGAGCAGCCUCAUAAAUGUAUUACAUGCGGAAAAUCCUUUGUAUAUGAAAGCAAUUUGAAAGAACAUACAAAGGUUCAUACAGGAGAGCGACCUUAUAUUUGCAUUACUUGUGGAAAACCCUUUGUAUCUAAAAGCAAUUUGAAAGUACAUACAAGGGGUCAUACAGGAGAGCGACCUCAUAAGUGUACUACAUGCGGAAAAUCCUUUGUAUAUAAAAGCAGUUUGAAAGUACAUACAAGGGUUCAUACAGGAGAGAGACCUCAUAUAUGCAUUACUUGUGGAAAAUCCUUUGUAUCUACAAGCCGAUUGAAAGAACAUUCAAUGGUUCAUACAGGAGAGCGACCUCAUAAAUGUAUUACAUGCGGAAAAUCCUUUGUAUCUGUAAGCAAAUUAAAGGAACAUACAAUGGUUCAUACAGGAGAGCGACCUCAUAUUUGCAUUACUUGUGGAAAAUCCUUUGUAUUCAGAAGCAAUUUGAAAAUGCAUACAAUGGAUCAUACAGGAGAGCGACCUCAUAAGUGCACUACAUGCGGGAAAUCCUUUGUAUCUGAAAGUAAAUUGAAAGUACAUACAAUGGUUCAUACAGGAGAGCGACCUCAUAAAUGCACUACAUGCGGGAAAUCCUUUGUAUCUGAAAGUAAAUUGAAAGAACAUACAAUGGUUCAUACAGGAGAGCGACCUCAUAAGUGCACUACAUGCGGGAAAUCCUUUGUAUCUGAAAGUAAAUUGAAAGUACAUACAAUGGUUCAUACAGGAGAGCGACCUCAUAAGUGCACAACAUGCGGGAAAUCCUUUGUAUCUGAAAGUAAAUUGAAAGAACAUACAAUGGUUCAUACAGGCGAGCAACCUCAUAAAUGCACUACAUGCGGGAAAUCCUUUGUAUCUGAAAGUAAAUUGAAAGUACAUACAAUGGUUCAUACAGGAGAGCGACCUCAUAAGUGCACUACAUGCGGGAAAUCCUUUGUAUCUGAAAGUAAAUUGAAAGUACAUACAACGGUUCAUACAGGAGAGCGACCUCAUAAAUGCACUACAUGCGGGAAAUCCUUUGUAUCUGAAAGUAAAUUAAAAGUACAUACAAUGGAUCAUACAGGAGAGCGACCUCAUAAGUGCACUACAUGCGGGAAAUCCUUUGUAUCUGAAAGUAAAUUGAAAGUACAUACAAUGGUUCAUACAGGAGAGCGACCUCAUAAGUGCACUACAUGCGGGAAAUCCUUUGUAUCUGAAAGUAAAUUGAAAGAACAUACAAUGGUUCAUACAGGAGAGCGACCUCAUAAAUGCACUACAUGCGGGAAAUCCUUUGUAUCUGAAAGUAAAUUGAAAGAACAUACAAUGGUUCAUACAGGAGAGCGACCUCAUAAAUGCACUACAUGCGGGAAAUCCUUUGUAUCUGAAAGUAAAUUGAAAGAACAUACAAUGGUUCAUACAGGAGAGCGACCUCAUAAAUGCACUACAUGCGGGAAAUCCUUUGUAUCUGAAAGUAAAUUGAAAGAACAUACAAUGGUUCAUACAGGAGAGCGACCUCAUAAGUGCACUACAUGCGGGAAAUCCUUUGUAUCUGAAAGUAAAUUGAAAGAACAUACAAUGGUUCAUACAGGAGAGCGACCUCAUAAAUGCACUCCAUGCGGAAAAUCCUUUGUAUCUAAAAGCAAAUUGAAAGAACAUACAAUGGUUCAUACAGGAGAGCGACCUCAUAUUUGCAUUACUUGUGGAAAAUCUUUUGUAUUCAGAAGCAAUUUGAAAAUGCAUACAAUGGAUCAUACAGGAGAGCGACCUCAUAAGUGCACUACAUGCGGGAAAUCCUUUGUAUCUGAAAGUAAAUUGAAAGUACAUACAAUGGUUCAUACAGGAGAGCGACCUCAUAUUUGCUUUACUUGUGGAAAAUCCUUCGUAUCUAAAAGCAAUUUAAAAGUACAUACAAUGUUUCAUACAGGAGAGCGACCUCAUAUAUGCAUUACUUGUGGAAAAUCCUUUGUAUCUAAAGGAAUGAAAAUAGAAGAACUCAGGCAUAAGAAAAAAGAACCAAUUGCCAAACGAGCAAUCCUAAUUUGGAUUGUACGUACAAAAGAGGAGAUGACAACACCUCCACGGUAA